AUGGACACCGCCGCCGCCGGAGAGCAGCGCAGGGUGAUGCUGGUGGCGGACCCGACCCGGGAGUCCGCCGGCGCCCUUCAAUACGCCCUCUCCCACGCGCUCCUCGAGAACGACACCUUGAUCCUCUUCCACGUCGGCAACCCCAGCGCGUGGAAGAACCGCCUCGGCUCGUUCUUCAAGAAGCCCAACGGCAAUGGCAGCGGCGGCGCGGCCGCCGGAUUGGCGGAGAUCGGCAGCGGCGGAAUCGGCGCCGACGUGGAUUUUCUGGACGCGAUGAAGCAAGCGUGCGGCGCGGUGAUGCCGAAGCUGAAUGUGGUAGCGGAGAAGAUGGAGAUGGCGGAGGGACAGGACAAGGCUUCGAUCAUUCUGGCUCAGAGUUGGGUGCUUAAUAUUGACAUGAUAAUUAUUGGGCAGAGAAGAAAACUCUCCAAUGCAAUAUUAUUGGGGUCAAAAAAGGGAUUCGACACAGCAGAAUAUCUGAUAUUAAACAGCAAAUGUGGGUGCGUAGCGGUGCAGAAAAAGGGUCAAAAUGCAGGCUACAUUCUCAGCAGCAAAACACAAAAGAACUUCUGGCUUUUGGCAUAA